UUUCAGCCAACAUGGAUGACGAGACGCAGCUCUUGUUUUUCGACACAUUUUCGCACGAAACGUCGGAAGAGCUGAACUUGGAUCUCGUUCAGUUUCCGAAGCCGGUUAUUUUAUCAGAGGUCCGAAUCAUUCCACUUGGAGCUCGUGUUCAAGCCGACUUUCCAGGGGGCGUUCGACUAGGAGCUACAAAUCCGUCGCAAUUCACGAUAGAAUUCUUUGUGAACGAUUUGAGCAAACCCGGCGCCUCAACUUUUGAGAGUCUGGGCUCACUGGACUACAAACAGAAUGGAAACAUACAGCUGCCCUUUGAGAAAAAAUCCAACACCCAAAUUCCGACUGAUGGUCUUGUCCUACGAGGACUGUACACGACAAUAACGCUGGCUGUUUACGGCUGCGUCAGCAAAGGCCUCACUGAAAACUCAAAUGCGAGUACUUCUUCUCACGCAGCUAAUGCCCAAAAUGUUGAACCAGAAAGUCAUUCCCCUCCUAGACCAGAGUGGAACGCUAAUGAAGGAACACCUGGACCGCGAUUUAAAGAGUCUCAAGAACAUUUCCCAAGAGGCUAUGGGCAAGAAACUAGGGGUUAUUCUCAGCCGGAGUACGGAGGUGCUUUCAACGAGCAGUGGAAACAACCUCCGAACUCCAGUGAAGGCUACGAGAAGGACCAGUGGGAGAAUCAGCGGAGCGGCGAGCGCUGGGAACGCGGCGAAGGAGGCCCUCCACCGAGGCACGGCUCGAACCGUACGAACUGGGAGUGGGGCGAGGGACGAUCAAAUGAGUACCACGAGCGGCAGGAGUGGAGCGGCCGCGGCACAAGACGCAGCUGGGAGGAGCAGCACCCGUCGAACCCCCGCAAGAGACCUCACACGCCGCCGAUGGACGAGCAGAAAAAAUGGACUAAGUCAAAUGAUAAGCCGGCUGCCGUCCCCGAGGUUGAGCCCAAAGAAAGUGUCGUUGCGACGCCAUUCGAAGCUCUGUCUCCUGGAGACGUUGAGUCAAUAUCAUCGGAUGGAGACAUUGGGGACAACUUCGAAGAUGACCUGGGCAACGGCAAUGAGGCAAAUUCACCUGCGAACGAGCCCAAUCCUGAGAAUAGUCCCUUAUCCACGCCUGACCAGGACCCUGAGCAGUACGAACCCAUCCUGAGCGAUGAGGAUAUGGAGGAUGCAGAGUUCCAAGAUUACGAAUUUGAGGAUAUUAAGGACAUAACUAUUGAGAAAACUCCUGAAUUUGAUCCAGCCAAACCCAUUGAUCGUCUGCAGAAUCUUGUUGACCCUAGUUUAUCAAUUGGAGAAAAUAUCAUGAAAAAUCCAAAACUUGCGUGUUCAGGAGAUGCAAGCAAAUUUAUUGAACUUCUGGAGUCUUGGCAGUCGGAAGAAAUUUCUGAGUCGUGGGUUGAGAUGCUGGAGCAGUUAAUUCCUCUUGUGUCCACCUCUCUUUAUUCAAAACCUAGUUGUGUACCAAAACUAAUCGAGUGGGUGGAGAUUGGAUUAAACGUAAACCGAGCCAAGGAACAAACUCAGCCAGCCUUCAAAGUCCGCCACCUCAAGGCUGGUCUCCGACUUGCUUUUUCUCUUUGCACUGGUGGGUUCAACACCCUGCCAAGUCUCAUUGAAGCUGGCCUCUUCCGCAUGGUCACAAACCUUAUCAAGGAAGAGUACAUGGCCCUUUCACUGAAACUUCUGGCCCUCAGCGUCCUUGAUGCUGCCCUUUCUAACAACCAGGCUAUGGAGUCCUUUAUCCAGUUUAGGCCAGACGUCGACCACGAACAGAAUGGAGUCGGUUUCCUCUUGGAGCAGUGGCAGAACUCAAAAGUGACGAGAGUCAAAUUUGCGCUCAACAAUCUGAUCCGGAAAAUUAACUAUUACGAGACGUUGAUAUUCGUUCAUCAAAAGUGUUCACAUUUGGCCAAUUCGGACUUGGAAAAUGAAGAGAAAGAUCAAUUGGCAUCUGCUUUGAAGAGUGUUGACGAAAUUUACAUAGACAUGAAGUUGAAAAUUGGCCAAUUCAAGAGGUUCCUUCCUGUAGGGGCUCAUUUUGGUUUUCCUCAAAGUACUUUUGAAUCGCACACUGCUGCUUACUCAAUGAUGAAAUCAGCAAAACUCUUGGAGUGCCUUUUGAUUUGUCUCACCAAUUUACAGCUGGAAGAAAGUGUGAAUGUUCAAGUUUUUGAAUUAAUCGAUCACUUUUUGAGUGAAGAGCAUGGUCUCAGAUUUUUGGCCUCGCAACUCGAAACUACUCAAGCCUUGAUCAAGACAUUGACAGUUUUGAAUCAGCCCCUUGGACUGAAAAUGGCUUACUCUAUGAGGAUAAUUUCUAUUUUGGAUGAGCUUUCUAAUGCAAAUUUGGAGGAAAUUACAUCCGAAGAUGAUAUUGAGUCGUUCAAAGCUUUGCAGAUCUUGUGUGAAACCCCUGUUGGCAGGCUGAAUGUGGCCAAAGUUCUCUCCAUGUCCAACUAUUCGGACCCGCUUUUUAAAAUUGCCAAGUCGACACCUCUUUUGUCAGCAGCCCGGAAUCUCAGCCUCGAUUUAAUCCACUCGACAGUCUCGAUGGUUGAUUGCCCCGAGUAUUUGUUCAAGUAUGGCAAUCAAUUGAGACAGAUUUUCACAGAGGAAAACAAACUGGCACACUUGGCCUUUUGGGUCAAACACUACGAUUGUUCAAACAUACAAACCCUGUGCCAGGAAUUAAGUGCCAACAUUGAGAAAGCGAAAAGUAAUCCUGAAGAGUUGAUUCCUAUUAUGCGAGUGCUCAAAUACUUGGCCCUACCGGAUUUGGAUCAGACACUGGUUGAAUUUGAGAAUGCCAACAAACGGCAACUUUUACUGGAACUUUUUUCACAAGAUGGACUUUCGACACUAUCCAACAUCCUGGCGGCUGUAGCUUCGGCCUUCGAACACCCAGAACUGCAUGCGGCCACUUUGUCAGGAAUCAAAGGCUUGAACGUUGUCAACCUUGUUCUGCCUUGCAUGAGUUUGCUGAGGGCUAUUUUGACUCUGGUUGCAUCAAGCCAAGGGGCUGAAUUCAAGAAUCUCACUCCAGUGGGCCCACUUUUGAGCAUUUAUGAGCUUCUACAUGCAUACAGACCAGACAACCCAUUUUACCAGAGUGUUAACGAGAGCCUUCAACUGACCGUCAAGUCCUUGAUGGCUUACACGCAACCGUGUUCAGAAGAGCAGCUGCCCAAGAGCACAUGGACCCAAAUGGUAGCCGAAGUCUUCAAGCACAUUUCUCUUCGCCCCAACACAGUCCUCCCUGGCCUUGAUUUGCUGUCGAAACUGCUGCCAAGGCCUCUCCCUGUUUGUGGCACUCGCCUGAUAAGGUCUGAGGACGAGAAGAGGAUCAUCAGUUUCUACAGACUGUGGGGAGCCCAUUUGCACCCUCUCGCCUCAGCCAUCCAUGAAAUUAUCAGUCUCUUCAGCGUCUCGUCAGUUCGCAAACUUGCGUCAAAGUUGUUUGAAAUCUGUGGACUAAUGUCUGACUUGGGUCCAAGUUUGGCUCUCAUUGUGGUCCAGUCUGUAGUUGAGGGACUUGUUGGAAGCAUCAAGAUUGACAGGAAAUUGGAUUACAAUUCGGAAACGACAAAAAGCCGACUUUGUCUGCUGACUGGUCUGAGUGCAAGAGGUGCCCCUAAAAUUGCAAUGCUCCAUCUUUUGAGAAAUGGUGGAUCUGAAGAAAACGGACUCAUAACCCUUCUCACUUGGGUCUUGAACAAAAAUAUUGAAGACAAACGUUACAUUGAGUUGGAAUUGAUUUUGAAAUUUUUGGACAAUCUUUUCCAACCAAAGGAACUAGUUUUCUCAUCAGAGUGGAUUGCUUUGCCCAGCAGAGAAAUCAUUCAAUCUGUGUCAAGUUGCCUGCUCGAUUUAAUCAUCACGCUUGCACAAGAACAAAAAAGUAGCCAUGCAAAGGAUAUUUUAUCAGCUUUGUCAAUCCUGCAUUUGAUCUCUGGGUCCGACGUUGGCCGUCAUUGGUUCAAAGUAUGCUUGGAAGGAAAAUCCGAGCCGUUUGCAGCCGUGUUCAAUUUCUGCUCAUGUAUUGACGAGAAAAAAGAAAAUUUAAUAUCAAGGACUAUUGAACUUUUAAAAAAAUGUUACCCUCAUUUUGAAUCAUCUGCAACGUUUCUAUCAAAAAUUGUUGGGUGCGAUGCUGAAAACAAAGAAAAGCAUCCAUUAUGCCAGUUGAGCGAAUUAAACACAGACAUCGAAGAACUUUACAAAUUGGUAUCUGAAGUCCAACAUUCUGAUAUACCCCUAGAGAAAGUGCUAGACUCAGACACACCACCAACGCCGGUGGCUGAGCAGCUUCCGGCUCAGUUCCUUCUUCAGGAGCCGACACGAGAGUCCAAGCCACCUACAGUCUUUGACUUGCCGUCACUACCAGAGACAAAAGAACACCUUAAAAAUUUGGACUUGGCUGAAAUCGUUGCUGCAACCCUGCCUGACAUCAAUCUGGCCCAGGAAAUAGAAAAACUGAACAAUAUGCACCGUGGAGACGACAUACGCUUGAGUCAAAGUGACGUUUCUUUGUCAAGGGAAAGAGCUGUGCGAAAACCAAUGUCUGCACCAAUUCGAGGGAGACUGCUUUUCCCACGCUCGGUUCCUUCCUCCAGAGGAGACACAUUCAGGUCAAGACCACCUAACACAUCAAGGCCACCAUCUCUGCACGUCGACGAUUUCCUAGCACUGGAAAGUGCAGGUCAACAGCCCACAGGUCCUACUGGAUAUAACAAACAAACCAUGCGGGCGGCAAAGGAAAUGCUUGUAACCCGGCCUCAAAUGCGAGGACGUCCCAUGGCUCCAGAGAGAAGAGGAAGGUUUAUGGCAACACCUGCACCUACUUAUAGAAGAUAAAAUACUGGGAAAUUGUGAAAAAUAAAUUUAUUGAUAUUAA